AUGCAAAGCCGCCAACCGGUCACCCUUGGUGUCUCGGUGACCUUCUUCGUCAUCGCCAGCGUUUUCGUGGCCCUGCGCUUUAUAUCUCGUGUCUUCGUGGUCAGGAGAGUCGCCCUACACGACUAUUUGAUGCUGCUUGCAUGGGUGAUUGACUUCGGCUUCUCGUUCUCAUUAUUUUACGCGAUUCGCAACGGACUCGGCCUACACUCAGACGACGUUCUCCCCGAAAACGAGGCGGCCCUCAAUAGAGCCAAUUAUGCAUUUACCGUCCUCUACAGCCCAGCGCUGAUGGCUGUCAAAACUUCGAUCCUCGUUUUCUACCUGACCUUGACAAGGAACCAAAAGGUCUUUCGAUGGGCAAACUAUGUUACUCUCGCAGUCGUCAAUGCAGCUGGCCUUGCGUUGACGCUGGUCAAUGUGUUCCAAUGUCGACCAGUCUCUGCCGCAUUUCGCGCCAGCCUCCCGUCCGGUGCGCAUUGCACCGAUAUCGUCACACUCUAUUUAUCCUCAUCUCCCGUAAACAUCAUUACCGAUCUGGCCAUGCUGUUUCUUCCAAUGCCACUACUUACCCAGAUGCGCCUCCCAAAGAAACAAAAAAUCAUUUUGAUUAUUACUUUCAGUUUCGGUUUCUUCGUGGCCGUCGUGGAUGUCAUUCGAAUCGCUUUUCUCCAGCAAGCAGCUAUCUCGCGCCAAGUUGCUUUGAAGUCGAUUCAUCUUCAGAACGUUGGCACUGCGGACUUUAGCUGGUACGCGUCGUUUUCGUUCAUGUGGUCUGCAGUCGAAGUCAACGCGUCUAUCAUUUGUGGAUGCGUUCCGAGUCUAAAACCACUCGUCGCUCGUAUUUUACCCAAAUUAAUCAAAGGCACCAAUGACGUAUCGGAUCCAACACCCCAUCGCUAUGCAACCGGAGAGCCCCCAAUCGCCAUCCCUCCCCUGGCAGAGAUUCAAGAUUCCGGCUCAACUCAAACUCCGGACAGUAAAGGAAGCGGUCCCUCUGAAACAAGGCACAGUAUAUCUGGUCGUCGCCGAAGCUCCAACGCUCCUGUCACCAUGUUGGACUUCCUAGGUCAUCCUCCUACGGGCCCCCAUGAUACAGAGUCUAACGCCCAGACCGGCUCAUCCUACCCUAACAUCACAUUCUUCGAUUUCGUCAACAUGAAGUCCCCAGAGAGCAUGCUGAAGCUCAACAACAGAGAAUCCAUAGCUCCGAUUGCAUUGACAACUCUACUUUUCUUUCUGUGGGGCUUUGCAUAUGGAUUGCUUGACAUACUGAAUACCCAAUUUCAGACUAUUGUUCAAUUGGAUUCUUGGCAUUCAUUGGGAUUGCACGGCGCAUACUUUGGAGGUUACGCGGUGGGUCCAUUGUUAGUUGGUCGACCAGUCCUGAAAAUUUGGGGUUUCAAAUCCACCUUCAUCACUGGGCUGUGCAUUUAUGCCUGCGGAACUCUCGUGUUCUGGCCCUCUGCCGUUCUCACAUCUACUGCCGCAUUUACGGUUUCGAACUUUAUCGUUGGCUUUGGCCUUGCAGUUUUGGAAACGGCAGCAAACCCGUUCAUUGCGUUAUGUGGACCCUUGGAAAACUCGGAAAUUCGUCUGAACAUCUCACAAGGUGUACAGGCCGUUGGUAGCGUUCUGUCUCCUCUUCUAGCAAAGCGGGUUCUUUUCAGGAAUGUGCAGGACGUUGCUUCUCUGGUGAAUGUCCAGUGGACUUACCUAGGCAUCGCCCUCUUUGAUGUCCUUCUAGCCGCAGCUUUCUAUUAUCUUCCAAUCCCGGAAGCAUCAGAUGAGGACUUGGAAGAACUGGCAAAUAGACGCCGGGAUGAUAACAUGGCCAAGGUUGUGGGAAUUCCGGUCGUCUGGCUCACGCUUGGCCUAGGAGUCUGGUCACAAUUCUUCUACGUCGCGGGUCAAGAAGUCAUUGCUACCAGCCUCGAGCGCUUCGUUUUAACCGUGGACCCUAGCUCUUCUCUUAAUUCCUUUGAUUUCCUCACGCUUGGCCAUAGUCUCUUCGCUAUAGGUCGAUUCCUCGCGGCCUUUGCGCAAUGGUUCUUGAAACCACGUUGGCUUCUCAUGGUGGCCUAUGUUGGCAUGAUUGUUUUUUCGGUGCUCUGUAUGAACACCACUGGCUCUGCGGCCAUCGCUAUGGUCAUGCUGGUAUAUCUUUUUAUGAGUGGCGUCUACAGCAUUAUCUUUGCAAUCUCCUUGCGUGGCACUGCUCGACACACCAAAACCGCCUCCGCAUUCCUUACAAUGGGCACCUGCGGCGGCGUCUUCUUUCCCUUUGCAGAAUAUGCUACAUACAAUGCGCGCGGGACGUCAUACUCGUUCUGUGUUGUUGUCGCUGUCUUUGCGGCGGGUGCCAUCUUCCCUAUAUAUCUCAACCUCGUACCCGCAGUCAAAAAACAAGUCGACCCAGUACCCAAUGAGUACCUGCGUCGUCAUCGUCGCCGCAGACGUGCCCCGGUGGGAGCAAUUCGCCGUGAAAAAGAAAACCAGUCUAGGGGCGGUGUUCUCUCGCGCCGACGGAGCGUGGUCUCCAAUCCGGAUGAUUUACCUGAUCUUCCAUUCCCGGGAGAGACACAUCAAAUUAUCCCCAUCCCUAUCUCGAGGAGUCUUCGCUCCAAAUCGAGCUCUUCCUUUCAGGAUAACUCACAAUCCUCUAAUGAAUCUUCAACACAUCGACAUUCCCCCAUUCCUGAAUGA